AUGGACUCAGCAUCGCCGCCAUUUUCAUGCCAUGGACAUCCCGAAAAAGAUACUGAAGUGAGCGGUAUGAAUUCCCAGUACAGUAAUGCUUCGCAGAUCAACUCACAACCCACAAUGCCUACAUCUAACCAAUUUGGUCCUUCAAACGUGACUUUUCAUCCUAAUUUUAUGAUGAAUUCUCCAUUUCCUUCUCAUUCUCAUCCACUCUUUGGAUAUGGAUUCCCUUUUCUAGAUUUGCUACACCCUUCUAAUAUUCCUUUAGAGAAUCAUGGUACUAAUGCAACUACAAGUAUAGGAUCAGGAAAAAGUAACAAGGUUCUACCAAAUACAAGUGUCCCUCAAACAAUUGCAAGUAGCAAAAAUUGGAGCAAAGAUGAAGAUGUUGCACUAACAAAUGCAUGGUUAUAUAUAUCGGUUGAUGCUGAUGUACGUAGCAAUAAAAAAAAUCUAAUAUGCGGUAGCGCAUCUUACAAAUUUGGAGGGAGAGUAUGGGAACCUAUGAUGAGUCUUGCACAAUAAAUGCCUUACAAUGUCGUUGGAAUAAAAUCUUAGCUGCAGUGAACAAGUUUCAUGCUUUAUAUGAACGAUUACAAAGGCAUCCAAAGAGUGGGGCAAGUCAAGAAGAUGUGAGGCAAGAAGCAAUGCGCAUGUAUGAGGACAUUAAUGGUGGUCAAUCAUUCAAGUAUGAACAUUCUUGGGAGAUCAUGAAAAUGAAUCCCAAAUGGUGUACAAAAGAGGUUUCUAGAACCAAAGAUAUAUCCAAGCAAAAAGUUGUCAACACAAGCAGUGAUACCCGAGUUCAACCUCCACCGAUGAGUUCUGCUAAUGAAGAACACGAUUUCAUCAAUCUAGAUGGUACGGGUGAUGGUAAAGGAUGUGACAUUGAACGUCCUCAAGGAAGAAAACGUACCAAAGAGAAAAAGAGGAAGUUGAAUGAUGAAAAAGGUGUUGUUGAUUUUUUGAAUAAGUUAUAGACUACUUUAGAAAAACAAAUUAGUGUCGGUGAAAAAGAGCUUAAGAUGAAGAGGGAAAAAGACUUGAAAGACUUUGACUUGCGUGAAAAGAUAAUGAAAAAAGAGAUCGAGCUAAAAGAGAAUGCUCAGAAAUUGAAGGAGAAAAUUCAACAGUUAAAAGAGAAUGAUCAGAAGUUAAAGGAGAAUGCUCAAAGUUAAAGGAGAAAGCUCAAAGGAGACAAGAACAAGGACGAAUUUUGAAUCAAGAUAUCAACAAACUUCCAUUGAGCAUAAGAGAGACAUUUGGGAUAUACCAAUCUCAAGUUUUCAAGGAAAUGGAAAAUGAUGGAGUUUUAGGUAAUUGUAUGUUUGCUCUAAUAUCUUCCUUACUUGUGUUUACUUAUGAUAGUACGAAAAUUAAAACAAUUUAUUUAACAACGAAUCCUAUAUUUAUUUUGUGACGUGGUGCCAGGAGGAGUUAACUCACUUUUGGCGGAAUCAGCUGGGUCCCGUUUAAUAUUAAAUCCCAAUUUUUUUAAUAUGUUAUAACUUUUUUGUUAGUAUUUCAAUUUUUGUAAAAAAUAUAUCAAAAUUCAUAACUUUUUAUAACCUUUCAUAUGAUACCAAUAUUGCAUAUAUACAAAUUUUAAGAAUAUAUAUGAAAUGUUGACUAUCGAAGCUUUUCAGAUCCAGUUUUUUCUUAAACAGAUUGAAGUGUUAAAAUUUAGAUCUCAUGAUUAUUAUUAUUUUCGUAGCUCAAAUUUAUUUAAAAAAAUACUUCAAACUUAACAAAAAAAUAUACUCCAAAUUUAUUUAUUUUUACAUCAGAAUGUUUGACUUUUAAAAUCACG